GAAGAUGUAUUUCGAAUGUUCCUCGAGUAUCAUGUUAUCUUUGUUUAACAUUCUAUUUUCUAAGAUGGAGUGAUACGUCUGAGUGAAACCGGAAACACAGGCAAUAGGAAUAAGAAAUUUUAACCUAUCAGAAAUCCAUUCUAAUAUGCAUGGUCUCUAAUAGGUCAAAAUUUGUUAUUUCCUGUUCCUAUAUUGUCUAUAUUUUUCAUUGUGUUUUCGGCUUGACACUCGGGUGGGAAUCUGAACCCACGAUGCAUGUCUGAACAACACGAGAGAAUUCGUCGCAAGAUCACGUGUGGCACGUGCAAUGAUUACGCGCGCCACAAAUUAAUAAUUUCAAGCUCGUUCACGCGUCAUGUGAAUGUGGAGUACUCGUGAUGGUGGGCGAGCGCGGUCUUAGAUGGGAAAAACCGUCAUACGGCUUUUACAUGGAGGGGGAUGGUCGCGAAGAAAGGAGUGUAGAUCCGUCGUGUACAGCGGAUCUGGAAAUGCAGGGACACAUCGCCGGUUCUCAGUCACAGUAUCGCGUCCUCUCAGUCCGCCUCGACGACAUCGACGCUGUUGACUGCGUUCCUCUUCCGUUUCUUUUCUUCCGUAAUUUCAUCCGGUCCGCGAAAAGAAGAAGAUAAGAAGAUAUAUGUGGGUUCUAGAUUUCGAUUAUUUUGAUCAAGAAAAUUUUUUCGUGCAGUUAUCGCAAUGGAGACUGAAUGUAUGUAAAGGCGAAUUUUGCUUGAGAAGUAAAAGAACGUUUUGACACGGCGAUCGCUGCAAAAAAAAAACAACGAAGAGGAAAUUCGAAGAACGUAUAUUGCAACCUCAUGAAGCACCACCAUGACCACGAUUUUGCGAACAUGUCUUUGCUUCAUUCUUUUGACGGCGUCGGCGCUGUGUUUAACGACGGACGAAAUUGAGGCCCAGAGAAGCGGCUGGAAUUUAAAUCCCAAUACGCAGUAUCACAUUCAGACUGAUGAGGGUCCGGAGAGAUUUUUUCGCUUUCAAACAUCGAACGGCCAGUAUAGGAAAGAGAAAAGAUUGGCUGAUGGUACAGUGAUCGGCACUGAAGGCUGGCUAGACCCUCUUGGAUAUUUACGACUGAAGGAUUACAUCGCGGACCACGAGGGAUUUCGAAUUUUAAAGUCAAAAAUGGUUUACGUCGGUAAGGAUCGAUCUAUUCAAGACGCGAUGGCGGAAGCAAAGAAGACUCCAGCGCAGACUGGAAUUUUGGCCAGGCCCAAAAGGCCACCAAAUCCUUUCAGACGACCAGAUUCUAAUGCCAUCGUGCCGCUGUCUGGCAACGACAUCACUUCCGGUUAUUACGUUCCGACGACUAUCAGACCCCGACCGAUUUCGAGGAACAAUUAUUAUUCUAAUCGACCAGGCUACCCUUCUGAACUUCAGAGCCUGGACGUUUAUCAUCGACCACAUGCUACGUAUUAUCGCGAAUCUGCAGCUCGACCACCAACUCAGAUUCUCGAAGCUCCAUACGAUCCUGCUAUCGGAAGUUCCUCCCUCAAGCCAAGCUAUCAAUCGCCAAGCGUUUCUCAAAACGAUUUCCCGUUAUAUGACGGCACUCAUACUACAGCGAAUGGUUUCCAGUAUUAUUUAAGGAGGCAAUAUCAUGAGGAGGAAAGGGAGCCUGAAGGCAACAACGUCGGCUCUUUCGGUUACAUCGAUCCAUUUGGUAUUAGACGAGUGAUUUAUUAUAAAACGGAUCCGUUCUCCGGUGGAUUCCUCCAUAAAAAGAACAAUCGAUACGUCGGUUUCAACGCGACGCCAUACGAUCCACUUCCGCCUGAUCUGUCCAGGACACGGCUCUCGAGAGCCCUCCCAACGAGCGCUUCGUAACAGUUCCGUCAUUAUUCAUUGCUUUGCCACGUUGUAGCAUCACGUUUUAUCGCGAAGAGUUCAUCAUCCAAUAUCGCGUCGACGCUGGGUUUCGCUACGCUGGACGGCCUUGGUUCGAUUCCGAUGAUCUCGACAGCGAGACCAUUUAUCGAAUCGAACUGCCGUCUGUUAUCGAUGUUCUCUUAAGCAAUCUUUGAUCGUGAAUUUUCUAGUCAGGAUGGAACCAACAGAUACUGUUAAAAGGAGAAAGAACAAUGAUGAAUAGAGACGGUCUCGUAAAUAUUAAAGAUCGUUUAUAUUCUAAGAUAGAUAAAAAUUCUCCGGCAGGGAUUCUCGAUCACCAACGUUGCUUAUGUAUAAUAUAUAGAUAUAACGUUUCUCAAAGUGCCACAACUAAUAUUCUUUUGAUGUACGACUUCGUUGUGUCAGUAUCGCCAACGAUUCCCAAUAUUAUUCGAGAUGAUGUAACAUUAUACGAGGGUCGAUCGAACCAGGAGACUAUCGAAAUACAGAUAAAAAGGUUCCAACGGAGAAUUAGAGAUAAGGAUUGUGCGAAAUUAACACAAUGACUUUCGUCAUCGAGAAGGCGGUGGCUUCCUGAUUCGUCGUCCUGUCUUUGUUCUGCUAUUAUCGCGAGUAGAUGAUCGGAUACCACAAAGAGACAACGUUAGAUGCCAUGCUGGACUAUAACUCAAUUUUCAGGGAAGCACAGUGGGACUUUCCUUGAAAAAAAAAUUGUAGAACGCGUCGGACAAUGUUCGCGAACCUUUCCAAUUGCGUCACCGAUCUCUAAGAAACGUGCGAAGACUCGCGACCGCCAUUGUCCUCAUACGCGUAAGUUUCUUUCAGUUAGUAGUCUAUUUUUUGCAGGGAUAUUUUAGAAAAUAUUUAUUUUCAUUUGAGAUGUAAUCAAAAUACAUAUCUAUACAAUUCUCUCUUAAUAGCAAAAUUAAAAAAAAAAUUUUUUUCAAACUAUCUGUUUAAAUUAUCGAAAGUUUUUGCAAUUUUCUGUAGCUUUUAGGGUAAGACUGCCAAGAAGUACACACUUUUCCCUUAUAUGCUAUAUAACUUAUACAAGAACUGUGUUUGAACAGCAAAAUGCUACUUAUAUGCUUCUACUUUCUUAGUCUAGUUUUCAACCAAAAAUUUGUCAAGUAUUGAUUUGACAUAAAUUCAUUUUUAUAGGAAAUUAAUUUUAUUGAAAAAAUAAAAAUAUAGGUAAAACAAUAUUUUUUUAUAGUGUAUAUCUUUAGGCAAAUAUAUUCUCAAGAAUACGACACUAUUAAAAAAAUAUCACUUAUUGUAUAAACAAUAUUGAUUAAGGUACAAAAAGUAUUAAUUUUUGUUGUUUGAAUAUAAAUCUUAUAAAUUAUACUUGAAGCAUUUUUUACAGAAUUCACAUAAAUAAGUUUUCGAGUGACAAUCGAUCCCAGAGCAAUCGAUCUAUGGGCCCAAAGUCAACAGCUUUGACAUUAGAUCCAAUUUUUAUUGGAUUUGAAAUUCAAAUACAAUCUGUUAUAAAAUAUA